AUGCCUCCGAGAGCAGCCAGUCAUUCAGCACCUGGAAUAUCUCGGUCGCCCUCAUCCCUACUAGCAGCGAAAGUCAAUGAAAAGGCAUCAGCCUAUCAUUUAUCUUCUGCAGGACAAAGUGCCAGGUACCCCGAGCCCCAUCGCCAAAAUAUUGUUAAUGAAUCAAAGCGACUGCACUCCUCAAUUUCGAGGAGGGAUGUCUGCAUUGUUGUUGUCGACUUGGUCGUUGUGCACCGACUAAACAUACAGAAGCACGUGCCUGUUUCUUCCUCUGACGGGAGCGGACAGUCAUGGCAGUAUUGA